AUGUAAACAUAAACAAAGUGAGACACUGUGACAGUGUUGGUCGUGAGACGUAGGCUACAUGAUGUGUCUGAGUCAUAACAAAAGUGUUAAUAAAGAACCACUGAGCAGAAUAAAAAGCUUUCAUUUAUGAAUGUUUACAUUACACUAGAUCUAGAUAUAGUACAUGUAUUAUUUUCCCUAAGCCUAACUGCGCAGCCACGGGAAAUAGAUCUAGAGAUCUAAUUGAAAUAUAGACUACAAUAUUAUACUCUAAUACUGCAUUCCUCACUAUUUUUAAUAUUUUAUAUUUAAUAUAGAUCUAGAGUCUAUUUAGAUCUAGAUCUAUAUAAUUUUCGGACCAAGACAGUGAAGACAAGCCUUAUUAUUCUAGUCUACUGGAUACACUAUUGUGACUAUAAGAUUUAAAUUAUACUUUUAGUUUACCCCUAGAUCUACUACACUACAGUAUUCUGUAGUCACCUCUUCUGCUCUGCUCUACAUAUAAAAUGCAGAGGCGCGGCGCAGAACAACCUGUAGAGUACACUGACAGAAGUCGACUGAUAGGCAAUACACGUAACAAAAAGUCAAGCAAUCAGCCUAUUGAGGAGAAUGAGGAAAGAGUAAAGACAAGUGGAAGAUGGUGGCAAGAGGUGCGGCCAUACAAUGUCUACGUCUUGCUGCUUCUCCUCCUGGCUUACUUGCUUAAUCAGCUGGAUAGAUAUAUGUUACCUGUCACAGUUUUGCCUGUUGCUCAGGAGAUCAAGUUUGGGGACAAAGGUUGUUUGAGGAAUGCCUCUGUUCACUCUAGUAGCAGUAUCAAAUGUAAUGGAACUGACCAUGACAGCUGUUUAGAAAUACAAGAUGCAGAAAGGAACAAACUCUGCUUUUGGGACUACAAUGGUCAAGGCUGGGACUACCUUAUACUGGCAGGUCCAGUUUUCAUUCUCAUAUACACCUUUGCUGGCAUCUUUAUUGGUUUCGCAGCUGACCAUUACAACCGCAAGAUGUUCUUGGCUUUCUGUCUAGCAUUUUGGUCAGCGAUGACCCUUCUGACUGGCUUUGUUAAGGAAUAUUGGCAACUGGCUGUAUUACGAUUUGGCCUUGGGCUUGGUGAGGCUGGUUGCACUCCAUUUGCCUCUUCUCUGAUCACUGAAUACUUCAGCCAAUCAUUGAGAGGAACAGCUCUUGGAAUUUACAACUUUGGAGUAUAUUUUGGUUACAGUUUAUCCUUUGCAGUAGGAAAUUUUAUCACAUUGGCUAAUAUCAAUGGGCAGAGUUGGCGCUGGGCAUUUAUAAUCUCUGGUAUACCUGGCAUUGUUCUGGGUGCAGUCAUUGCCUUCAGUGUCCGAGAACCAGAUCGGAUGAACAACAAGUCAGCACAACAGAAGCAAGAGCUUGAGGACUCGAUCACUACUCCACAGCAACGCCUUGCCUUGUUGUCUAUUCAGAUUCGGCUUAAGACAGUUUUGAAAGUGUUCCUGCGGCCAUCAUUACUGUUAUUGUGUUUGGCUGGCUCUAUUAGAAAUGCUGCGGGCUAUGUGUUAGCCUACAACUCCCAGCUGUACUUUGAGACCACUAAUGUCUCUAAGGAGAUGGUUGGAUCCUACAUGUCUUGGAUACCAUUGGUUGGUGGAAGUAUUGGUGCACUGGGGGGAGGUUUCAUCUCAGACAGAGUUGUCAGAAAGUGGGGACUAUAUGCCAGAGUUUCUGUCCUUGUAGCUAGCCAGCUUUUGGCUGCACCUUUUGCUGCAGGUGUUUUGUUUUUGAAUGCUCCAUAUGCCUUCUUUAGCCUCAUUCCCACAUAUAUUAUUGGGGAAAUGUGGAUUAGUGUCACACUCACUGUUGCUGUCGAGCUAGUUCCUAGUCAAGUUCGAACAUCAGCUGUAGCUGUGUACUUGUUUAUCAUCACCAACAUAGGGGGGAAUCUUCCCCUGCUAGUGCCACCUAUAGCAGCUUCUUUUGAAUCCAGGGGCUAUAAUCAGGUGGAUGCAUUGAGAGGUGCUCUGUACAUAUUAUAUCCUGGAUUGUUCGUCCUUGGAGGUUUGCUCUUUCUUCUCACAAUGUUUGUCGUGAAAAGAGACCAGCAGAGGGCACAGUAUGAAGUAGUUACCAUGGAGGACCCAUGACGGCUGAAAUAAGUGACCUUCUUUCAUAUCUUUAUUAUGUUAUUGUGAUAUUAGCUUCAAAAGGGAAUUUUUGUUUUUUAAUAAUUUUUUUACAGAAUUUUAUAGGCUUACAUGUUUUAUUUUUUUAGUUUCAUUUUGUUGGGGGACCAGCACUUUUCUUUCUAUUUACUCAGGACUGUUAGAAGUGUUAUACAUAGGCUUUCUGAAUCUGAUGUACCAGAUUGUCAUUGUUUAUUUUUUAAAAUCUUAUUUUAAUAAUUCCAUGUUGGUAUAAGUUCAUGUGUUGUUGUUUUUUUUUGGGGGGGGGGGGGUUUGUUUGAGAAAAUGGGAAGAACUAAAUGAAUAAGAUUCUUAUCUUAUCUAAGUUUUUCAUUAAGGCUUCAUGAAGGCUUCAUGAGCAAUAACAUUAGAAAGAUCUUUUUUUUUAAAGUUAUUUAUGUGUUUUACUCUAUUAAUAUUAUCUGUGUAUAACUCCUUUGUUGCUUAUUUUCAUUGGCACAUAUUUUUCUUUGCAGUUUUUUUUCCUCUGUAAUUUAAAGUUAUAAAAAGGGUUUUUACUUUAUUAUUUUGGCCAACAUCAGCCUCAUCAUAAUACUCAAAAGAAUUUUUUUUUUACAUUUGUUAUUGUUAUUUUAAUUAUAAAUUUGCAUUGAAAAUUCUCUUUGUGAAUGUCUGUUACCAUUGGUUAGAUAUGUCUUUAACUAAGUAAAGACAUUCAAACAAGACAUUGUAAAUCAUGACAUGUGAAUAGAUUAUAAUUAAUCUUAUUAAUAUUGAAACUGUAAAUGAGUUAUUUUUGUUUUCUUUUAAACUUGUUUAUGUAUUUAUAAAAAAUAAUGGUUUCACUUGUAUGCUACUAGCAUUUUGUGAGCUACAAAUGUAUCUUUAUAUUUCAAAAUCUGUUAUGCUUUAUGAGAAGUAGGAAAGCUGGCUUAUUGUGGGUCAAAUUUUGAAAUUAAGAAUUAAAUAUUUAAAUGCUGUAAUAAUCUGUAACUCUAUAAAGUUUUUUUUCUGUACAGUAGGUAAUUGUAUUUAUAAUUACUGAGAUUACUACUGACUAUCAAAGCUCUACGUUAAGCUCUAUUAAGUGCAACCAACUAGAAAAUGUCUUUUAAUAAAAUAUUUGUAUUUCAAUAUUAUCGCCUAUUCUGGUAGUGUGAAUUUGUCACGCUAUAGUGAAGGUAUAUUGAUAAGGGUUCUUAAGUACAGAUCACAAAAACCCAAUUUAGAAAGGAAACUUAAAUAAUUCAAUUGAAUUAGCUUCAUUUGUAGAAUUAAAUGGAAUUUGACUAUUAUGACAGUAAAAAUUGAAUCAAUAAAUCUAUGAAGUCAAACUGAGAAUGCUGAAAUAAAUUAUAGACCUACCUCUGAGCCUUCAACUUUCUUCUUUCCCUUUUAAUUUCUCAGCUCUAUAUUUAUUUUCUGGAUGAUUUUUGCACAUAUAAGAAAGGAGAAGGAAUCUGAUCAAAAUUUUCAAAAGUUAUUUUUAGCUUUACUGAAUGAAUUCUCAAGCAAAUUAGGUGACAGAACUUCCUUUUUGUCCCGGUCUGCCAUCUUGAUACAUGAUAAUAACUAAUACCACUUCAUCUAAACUUGAAUCUCGAACGUAACUAUUUUGACUAUUUAUUGUUUUUUUUAAAUUUUGAAAUAUUCCUUGUCUUUCACUAAAUCUGGAUUCCGUAUUCUGUAGAGUAUAGCUGCCUACUAGUCAUUUGAUUGUAUUGCUGAUGGGCUAGCUGUCUUGAUACCUGACAAUAACAUCACUUCAUCUUUAGUUGAAUCUCUAACUGAACUACUUUAAAGUUUUGAACUAUUUCUUGGUGUCCCGCACAAUCUGGAACACAUGAUCAUCUUCUGUUACAUAGAGCUGCUUACUAGUCAUUGGAUUGUAUUUUGAAUCUCUCUCGCUACUUUGCAUGUAGUGGUGUUGAUUUAUGUUCUUGAUGCUGUGUUUAAUAAAAAGGAUGUAAUAUUUCAUUGUAAAUUUGUAAUCAAAUUAGUGAGUAAUUUAUGUUUCAACGCAGAAAAUACGGUACCUUUCAAACCAUAGCUACUAUAGUUCAUAUUUUUUCAACAUGUUAUUGAAGAAACAUAUAUUCAUAAGCGCCCAUAGAUUGAUAAUUUAGAAAAAAAUUUUGAUAGUUUUUUAUUUUUGUUCACUGGUUUUGUUUUUUUUUAAAUUAGUAAGCACAAUUCUGCAAUUAAAGAGUGAGCUAAAACAGUUAAAACCCUCAAACAAGAAGAAUUUUGUUUGUGCCCCCCAGCUAGCUAGGGAACUUGGGGAGCGCUGUAGGCUUUCAUUUUGUCAUCUGGGAGGGCUUUAGAAUGUAAUGAAAAAGAAAUACUAAGCUUAAAUGUUAUGCUGUUUUAGUCUGUUACUUCUCCCCAAUAGUUUCUGAGAAAAUGUAGUAGAAAAAAAGUAAUGUAUAAAGCAUCUAAAUAAGUUUCUGCAUAUUAUCAAAGCACAUGUUGAAGUAAUUUCUAUCAAUUACUUGUUUAAAAAAAAAUACUCUAUAUGUGUAAAGUCAUUUUUAUAAUAGAGUUAAAACCCUAUUGAACAGUUAAGCUUGAAAUGAAUUUUGCUACUUUACUAUUAUAAAGAUGUACAUAUUGGUUUAGUGUGUGGACUUGUGUGUAAUCCCUUUAUUAGUUACACCAGACAUUGCCUAGGAGACAUAAAAGUUUCUGAUUUCCUGCUCGAUGAUGAAAAAAAAAAUAUUGGAGCCAAUGUUGUUCUUUUUUUUUAAAUUUAAAAUGUCUUUUUAUUAAGCUCUGCGAGUAAUCUAAAUGUUUUUGUGCAUUGUUUCUCUGCUACAUAACAAUUGAAAUCUGUAUUAUUGUCUUGAUUAAACACUCAUAUCUGAGGUCUAAAAAGAAAAUUUUGUAUUCAAAGAAAAUCUUUGUGUUAUUCUAGUUGGUUAUGUUAAUAAUAAAUUUUGAAAUUUCGCAUUAUUUUUUCAAUUUCCUUGCUUGUCCAAAAAAGCUGUUCAAUUUUUUUUUAUUGCUUUUGAAGAAACAAAAAUCAUUUUGAUGUUUAUCUUAACAAAUGGAAUAAGUUUCACUUGUAUCACAUUAUCUUAUUUGUAUUAUUUUGUUUAUCAACUUCUAUGCAACUUAUCAUCUGUUAUUGUUUUUUUUUAAUAAUAUAUAGAAGGUACAUUGUCAUAAAAAAUGUUCCAUUUUUUUUGUUUGUUUUCCAGACAUUGUUUUUUUCUAUUUUUACAAAACAUUUUUUUAUGUUUUAUGACAGCUUUUUAUAAAUUGUUAACAAAUGUAAACUUUUUAGUUUGUAUACCAUCAUUUUAUUUAUAAAAUAUUUCAAACUAUUUCUUUAAACUCAAGACACAGUAGUUACAUUUGGUGUGCCCUCUCAUCUGAAUGAGUACACACAGUGCCUAGGCUAAUAGUCUGUGUACAAAAGAUUCUGUUUCCAAACUGAAGGCUCAUAUUUUUGAAUGCUGAUGAAGACUGGGAUCUAUGACUUAUAGAUUAUUUGGAUUUCCUACAGUUUGCCCAACUCACCUGACAUUAGUUGGGCAAAGUCAAGGCAGUUUUUUUUGUGUGUUGGCCACAUGACACUCAUUAACAGUCAUAGAAACAGAUGAGCUUUACAUUAUUAUAAUAAAGAGUAUAAUAUAUAUACAUAUAUGUUUAAAUUAUAUUUCAGUUUGAUUUGAAUGGAUGCCUAUGUUUUUUUAAAGACGUAUUUCUUUUUAAUAUUUUAAGCUGUUCACCUUUACCUUUCAUGUCACUCAAUGCUGUGUUCUUCUCUCUAAUCUCUUGUUUUCCUCACCUAAGCCUAGGCCAAUCCAUGUCUUCCUACUUUUUCUUUUAAAUGCUUCUUUUUUUCUUUCUGGUACUGUUCCCUGUAGGAUAAUACUUUCCAAGCUUUAAGGUUUCGGCUGUACCAUCAAAAGGAAUGUGGUGGCUGAGUGGUAAGGUGCUUGGUUUCUGAGUCAAGGGUUCUCAAAUCUAAAUCCACCCAAGUCUAAUAGGUACCUAAUGUUUGUUGGGAAAAAUAAUGGGGGGGGGCUGGUCUUUGUGAUAGCAAUGUGACGCCCUCAUUAACUGAUGAUCUUCAUAGAUCACAACGUCUGAAAGGAAACUUCUACUUUACAGGAUAUCAAUGAGGAGAAUAGAAUUUUAAAAACUUUGAGACUACCAGCUCUAUAAGAGUUUAUAAAACUUGCCAACAAUUUAAUUAAUGAUAUAAAUUAACUAUACC